UGGGAAGAGAGUCACUUAUGGUGUGCCACCAAACACGCGCUGUCCCUUAUAAUAUAGCAUAGCAUAGCACAAACACAAUACACACAUUACACAAAAUCAAAUUAAGAAGCAUCAACCAUUGGUAUAACAUAUUUAUAGGUUUAUUAGGAUUUUUCCAGUUUUGUUUUCCAAUAUACACAAAUCUAUCUAUCAAUCCAACAACACAAUACCCACUUCUUCUAACUCCUAGAGUUUCUUCAACUCCUUCAUCGCUGCACGCACGCGCUUCUAAUUCACGCGCUAGGGGUAAUGGGGCAACAGAAAAUAAACAUGACAUCAUCGUCGUUUAGGCUUCGAUGUCGGAGUCUCAACUCGCUCCGUCUCCGAAGAAUAUUUGACAUGUUCGACAAAAACGGUGAUUCUAUGAUAACAGUAGAGGAAAUAAGCCAGGCGUUGACCAUGUUGGGAUUGGAAGCAGAGUUCAAAGAGCUUGAAUCCAUGAUCAAGUCGUACAUAAAGGAUGGCAACGAAGGGCUAACGUAUGAGGAUUUCGUAGGUUUGCACGAAUCUCUUGGGAACACAUAUUUUGGAGUGGAAGAAGACGAAAUGGAAACACUUGACACAGAUUUGUGGGAAGCAUUCAAGGUGUUUGAUGAAAAUGGCGAUGGUUACAUUUCGGCUAAGGAAUUGCAAGUAGUGUUAGGGAAGCUUGGACUCGUGGAAGGGAACUUGAUUGAUAACGUUCAACGAAUGAUUGUGUCGGUUGACACCAACCGUGAUGGUCGUGUUGAUUUCUGUGAAUUUAAGGAUAUGAUGCGCACCACUAUUGUCCCUGCUUCUUCAUAAUAAUCUUCAAAUACGUUACUCCUUGUAUUCUACCAAUGUUUUUCUUUUCCUAGCUUUCAUUUUGGAUUAUUUUGCUGGUAUAUAUUAAUUAAUCAUGGAUGCUACUCCAUGAUUGUUCUUAAGUAAUAAAAAAUAUGUUUCACAACACUUAAUUUU